CAAGAGCCCUGUGUUUCCAGCAAGCUCUCCGAGGAGCGUGAAAUCAUUCACCGUGCCCAUAGUUGCACCGCACCCACAUCACCAGCGAUAAACGGGCCCACACAACACGCGAGCAGCCGUUGACCGUCUCUCCAGGUCGCAACACCGCGACCAUGGCCGCCACACAAAGUAAUGGCCGGGCCAAGAAGACGUCGAAGCCCAAAGCCAAUGGGUAUCUGAACGGCUCGGCGAACGUCGGUUCAACGAACGGCCAUCUGAAUGGUCACGCAGACAAGUCGCAGUCCUCCAGUGUCGCUGUGCGCCAGAGGAAACAAAGAAGAACGUUCACAGCGGCCGUCACAAGCAUCGUGCUGAGGCUAUCGAUAUGGUACUUCAUCCUUACCGCCGCUUUCAGGUGUCCUUCCUCGUUGACACAACUGAACAACUCUUCUCCUCGUGUCUGCACUCCAUACCUGCAAGCUCGUUCAUACGCAACACCCUACCUCGACCCUUACUACCAGGCCUACCUUGCUCCCCACGUUGACAAGGUCAAGCCCUACGCCGACCGCUUCGAACGCCAGGUCUACACACCCGCUGCUAGCUUCACCAGGAAGCAGUACGUCACAUACGGCGCGCACAGGGUUGAGCAAGCACAGAAGCAAGCUGCAGCCAGCUGGGACAAGACCGUUCGUCCACACCUUCAGACCGCCCAGGACGCGGCCCAGGCACAGUACGAUGCUUAUCUGGGGCAUCACGUCAAGAGGGCCUCUGAUGCCGCCAGCCCUUACUACAGUCAGGUCAAGGCCAGCUCGAAAAGCGUCUACCACAAGUCGGUCCUUCCUGCGUACGAGGCUUCCCUGCCGUAUUUGCACAAUGCUCGUGUGCACGGCCGUCACGUCAUUGUCGAUGUCGUCUUCCCUCACGUUCGUUCUGCCAAGGACAUCACCUGGUCUUUCCUACUCCGCAACGUAUGGCCCCAGCUGCGCGUCCUCUACGGCGACAACGUUGAGCCACAGCUGGUCCGUAUCUCUGAACGCCUGGGCCGCUACCGUGACCAGCAGAAGGUCGAGUCUGUUGUCGACGCCGUCGAAUCUGAAACAUCUACUACUGCAACCGAAUCUGCCAAAAUCGUUCCUACCGUCGCUGCAUCGAGCUCCCGGUCCAUCGCCUCCUUUGCCUCUGCAUCCAUCAGCUCCGCUACCGAAGCAGCUUCGAGCGUGGUGAAUAGCGUUCUGGGUGGUGACUCGUCUAGUGCUACCUCUAUCGAGGCUCAGCCUGAGGCAUCGAUCGACCCCAAGGAUGCCGGUCUGUCUUCUGAGGAGCUCAAGGAGAAGCUCAACGAGGAUCUCCGAAAGUGGCAGACCAAGUUCGCCGCAGCGGCUGACAAGGGUGCCGAAGACCUCGAGCAACGCGUUACUGAAAUCACCAGUCGCCAGGUCGAGAAGGGCGUCAACGGACACGGCAAAGCCUUGAUCGUUAAGCUCGAGGAGAGCGCAGACUCCACCAUCGCCGGCUUGAAGAGUUUCAUCAAGCGUACCGUCCAGUCUCUCCCCGAGGAUGCCACCGAGAAGGACCUCGAGGCCGCACAUGAGCAGUGCAGCGCUAAGGCCCGCGAGCUCGGACAGACUGUCAAGCAGAAGGCUCAAGAUGUCCGCGAGUGGAAGGCUUCCUACGACACGGAGACUGAUACCCUCGUACAGGCUGCUGUCAAGAGCACUGUUGAGGUCCUUGAGAAGAUCCACGGUCUUGGUCUUCAGGAGGUUGGUAUGCGCUGGGCAUGGACUGACGGGGUGACCUACAAAGAUUGGCAGAACUACCACAAGCUCAAGUCCACCCUUACAGAAUGGCAAGCCGAAGUUGAGUCCGUCGGCUCUAGGCAUGAGGGUCUCCGCGUUGCUCACGAAGAGGCGAAGCGUCUCGAGGAUGAGGCUAUGUCCAUUGCCUCGAAGAACGUCAACGAGCUCGUCCGCCUCAAGGAUGUUGCCAAGUGGAAGCUCUGGGCUGAGGACGCUACCGAUGAUUUCACAAACAACGCUGUACCUCCCCGCGCACGCAAAGCAGCCCAGCAGGUUCUGGACAAUGUUGGAGACGCUUCGUCAAAGGUCUCGGAGGCAAUCGUUGGCUCUGAGACUCCAGUCAGCGAAAGCGUUGCUUCUUCGAUCAAGAGUGCAGCCUCCGAUGCUUCCUCGAAGAUGUCAAAGGCUUCUUCUAAGGUCUACGAGUCCGUUGUCGGCUCAGAGACUCCUUCGACACAAAGUGUACUCUCGCAGGCAUCAUCCAAGGCUUCUGAAGCCGUUAUUGGCGGUGCAUCAAGCAUCAGUAGCGGCGCCAGCGAGGCUGCUAGCAGCGCGUCCAGCGCUGCAUCAAGCGUUAGCAGUGGUGCGUCCAGUGCUGCUUCGGAGGCAAAGGAUGUCGUUGUCGAGAAGGCCUCCACUGCUACCGAGUCACCCAAGAAGGUCUGGGGCGGUGUAGCUGCUCAAGUCCUUGUUGAGGCCCGCGAGCCUGUCUUUGACGAUGUCAUCAACGAUGAUGAGGAUGAGACCUACUCUGUCAAGCUCCAGAGCAUUGUUGCUGACGCUGGUGACCGUGCGUCAGAGCUGACAAGGGCCGUCAGCGAAGCUCUACUUGGAGCCACCAAGACACAGGGAAGUGUGGAAUCUGCCACAUCUCUUGCAAGCGAGCAGUACGCCAAAGCUAUUGCUGCCGCUUCAAAGGCCUUGUAUGGCACACAGCAGCAGCCUCUUGAGAGUGCUACUAGCGUAGCCUCUGUGAAGUUUGCCGAUGCAGUCACCGCUGCAUCUUACGCCAUCUAUGGUACCCCGACUCCCACUGCGGUUAUCAAGACGGUGCAGGUUGAAGUGAGCUCACGCUACAGCAACGCUGUCAGCCUCGCCAGCGAACAACUCGAGAACGCCAAGUCUCAGCUGUCGAUUCUCGCGUCUGGAACCAAGCAACCCGCUUACCAGACACUGCUGUCCGGUUUUGAGAAGGCAUACUCUGAUUCUGUGGCUGCUGCUAGCCAGCAACUGCAGGCUGCUCUCCGGUACACCGAGUCAGCGAAGAGCUACGCCGCAGGCCCGACUCAAGGCUACUUCGAGUCUGUCUCUUCGAUUGCCUCUUCAAGGCUGUCCGAAGGUCUCAGCCAAGCUUCUGCUCAGUUCUCCACCCAGCCCACCUCUGGCGUUGACAGUGCUCGUCGCCAGUACUACGAAGCUAUUGGACUCGCCCAUGGCCGUUACUCUGAGUUCUUGGGUGCUGCCUCCAGCGCUAUCCAUGGCCCUCAGCAGGGCACUGCAGAGUCUCUAGCUUCAGUUGCCUCUGCGUCGGCAAGUGCCUUUGCUUCAGCCGCCUCGGUCUCUGCAGCCUCUGUCGCCGCUGGCGUUUCUGAUACCGUAAACUCUGCUGCCGCAAAUGCUCAGUCCGUAGCGUCGAACGCCCAGGCUGCUGCUGAGUCGUUGGCUUCUCAAGUUAGCUCAAGCGUCAUUGGCUCCGAGACACCCUGGACUGAAUCAGUCGCUUCUCAGGCCAGCGAAAACUGGGAGGCCUUGAUCGCUAAAGCCAGCAGUCAAGUCUACGGCCAGCCCACACCUUGGGCUGAGUCCGUCUACUCUCAGGCUGGUGCGUAUGGUGCACAAGCUACCGCAAGGGCAGCUGAGCAAUACGCUGGCAUUCAGGCUCUCAUCUCUGAGCUGGUCGUCGGCAAGGAACCUGAUUUCACCGAGAGCGUUAUGAGCCGCUUCGCAUCAGCAUACUCAACUGGUCUACCCGCUGUCGUUGCCUCCGCUGAGUCGUACGUCAACGAGCGGUACGGAUCUGCCAGCUCUUACGCCGGUGAGAACUUCGAAGCUGCAACCGACUACGCCGCCGAUGCCUACGCCUCUGCCUCGUCGGUCGUCAGCUCCAUCUUCACCCCACCAGCUGCUGUCGAGACCAUUCUCAGCCAGGCCAACGCGCAAAUCGACCAGGCUCUUGAGAGCGCCUCCAUUGCUGUUUACGGAACUCCCAAGGGUGCGGCUGAGCAGGCAAGUGAGUCUGUUGCCAGUGCGUACGCUUCCAUUCAGUCUCAGGUCAGCGAGGCCAUCUACGGUACCCAACAGGCCCAGGACAGCUUCACCGCCGCCGCCGUCAGCGCUCAAGCCGCCAUCAGCGCAGCGAUCUUCGGUACUCCCACAGCUACUGGCUACGCCGCUUCAAUCACCAGCGGUGCCUCCGACACCUACGGCUCAGUAGUUAGCGGCGCUGGAGAGGCAUACAGCUCUGUUGCCAGUAAUGCUGGGGGGGUCUACGACUCUGCUGCAAGCGGUGCGAGCGAGGCUUACACUUCAGUUGCUUCAGUUGCUAGCGAGAACGCCGAUUAUGCCUACUCCAAGAUCAGCUCCGCCGUAUACGGCCCCGAGCAGGGUGCUAUGGAGAGUGCAAGCAGCAGGAUCGCUCUUGCCGUCGAGGCUGCCAACUCGCGUAUCAGCGAGAUGUACGCCAGCGCAUCCAGCAACGUAGGUGAGGCAGCCAGCAGUGUGUCAAGCGUUGCUACAGAGGCCACACAAAGAGUCAAGGACGAGUUGUAAAGAGUUACACAACACGUUCACUACCACAACACGAUCAACUGGGUGCACGACCUCAUGUCUCCAGGCACCUUACACUAUCACCCACCCCUUUACGACCUCAGAAUUGCGCUCUCACCCCGUCACGAAUCACCAACCACGACGUCACACUCCUUACGCUGUACAAGUGCUUUUCCUCUGGUGUUCACAUUGCUCUAUUCCCCAC